AUGGGACUGGGAUUGCAGGGUCCAAAAUCCCUUGUGGGCUUUGUUCUUCUGCUCCUCCUUGCUGUGAUCGGCGCCGUGGCCGGAGCAUCGCCGGCCCCCAAAUCCAGCCGCAAAACAAGCAUCGGAGGAGGAGGAGGAGGAGGAAGCAUCUACGAUCACCUCCGGCAAUAUGGCUUGCCCAUCGGCCUCCUCCCCAAAGGCAUCACGGAAUAUUCCCUCGACGAUUCCAGCGGCGAAUUCCGGGUAUUUCUGCCCCAGCCUUGCCGCGCCAAGUUCGAGAAUCAGGUCCGGUACGAUUUGAACGUCUCCGGGACUCUCACUUUCGGCCGAAUCGCCGACUUGUCCGGCGUCUCUGCUCAGGAGCUCUUCCUUUGGUUUCCGGUGAAAGGUAUCCGAGUGGAUGUGCCCAGCUCCGGCCUCAUUUACUUCGAUGUCGGCGUUGUCGAUAAGCAGUUCUCUUUGUCCCUCUUCGAGUCUCCGCCCGAUUGCACUGCUCUUGAUCCUUAUGAUCCCUCUUCUUCUUCUUCUUCUUCUUCUUCCAAUUCCCCAUCUGAGCUCAAGGUAGAUUCUGAUUCCAUUUCCAAUUCUCAAUUCGAUUCGGCUGCUUCGAUUUGA